AUGCGCUGGUAUGAGAAUAUGGGCAAUUCCGUCAAUUGGACCAAGCACACACUUUACCAGGGGGCGCAGGGCCACUACGUCUCAGGCGGGGACUUGGAUGGCGAUGGCGACGUGGACUUGAUUGGGACUACGACUGCCGAGAACACAGUGGCCACCUUCGUGGCUGUGACAAGCUGCACUGCUGCCUCACCUAGUGCCGAGUGUUGCCGCACUGGCCAGCAGUGGAAUGGCACAGUCUGCACUGUGUGCGAGCCUGGCAGUUAUGGAGUUGGAAGCGGCGUCGCCGCCCAAUGUGUAUCAUGCCCCACCAACACCUGCAAAAUUCCUGGCCUCACCCAGUUGCCGAUUACAUGUGCGGCAGACUGCGCGAAUGACAUCGAGGCGGCCUACGCCGCUUGCGAUUGCGAGCCCAAUUUUUUCAAAACGGAGGGAGACGUCUGUGCCCCGUGCCCUGAAGGUCAAGAGAAGUUUCCUGGCAAGACGCGUACUUCUUCUGACUUCGCUGCAGACUCCAGUGUCGAGUACUACUGGGAGGGUUUUGACAAGUCUUUAUGCACAGUGUACAUAGCCGAAACCGACGAUUCUGUGCUCCGAAUCCUGAUUUGGAUAUUAGGCUCGAUUUUCGUAGCGAUAGCCCUCGCAUGCGCGUGCUUCGGCAUGUACAAGCUUAGACGGAGCUGGAUCAUGAAGACGAAAGCCGAACAGCGUUACCGGAUCGUUACCCAUGAGCGUAUUGCGGCAGCGUGCGCAGCGACACGGACUUGCAAGUACAGUGUUUGUUUCAUCAGAUACGCGACCUUCAAGAAGCACGGCAAGUUCACCCGGCAUGAAGUUCACAGGGAGCGAGGUGAGCUCUUCUGUUUCGACACCUACGAUGAAGUCUUCUCUUGGGUUAGCCAAAACGCUACCGUAUUCGUUUCGCACCAGUGGCUAGGCUUCGCAGAACCAGACCCAGAUAACGUGCAUUUUCCAGCCGUUUGUUCGGCCUGCGAGUGCAUUUGCGAAAAAUAUAAUUUAUCUGAGAUGGACCUCUUCGUUUGGGUUGAUUACGUCUCAAUUCCUCAGACUAAUCAUUACCUCAAGGCGCUUUCCAUCAGUUCGCUUGCCGUGUACGCCUCCAUUGCCAGGUACUUUGUCAUCGUAGCACCAAAAUGCACACAUCAUGACGACCUAGUCGAGUGCAAUUCGGAUACCUAUCAGAGGCGUGGUUGGUGCCGCUUGGAGCAGUGGGCACGCAUGUCAGUCGGAGGGCUUCGGGACAUGUACAUUCAUGAAGAUGGCAAGCUGGAGCCGCUCUUGGACAGGGAGCAGUGGUACACAGCAAGCGUCAAGGUCUUCGAAGGGGACUUCACAGUAGAAUCGGACAGGUACGAGAUCGUCGACACCGUCAUGGGAUUGUGGUACAUCGCCUUACUCAAUCAAGGAAACCAGGAUACAGACCAGACCGACCUAUUGAAUCUGGUGAAGGAGAACAAGGCACGUGUCUUCCCGUUUGAAUUUUUCGAGGACUACAUCGACAAGUUAGAGGCACUUGCUGAAGAGGAGAAGGGCUCGCUGCCGGCAUGCAGCCAUUCCGGUCUCUUCAGGGCAUCGUGCCGUCUUGGCGACGAAAGUUUCAGCAGCACGCCGAACAUGUCACGCAUGAUGUCGAGGAGAAAAUCUUUCGAGGACUUCGAGACUGGGGCAGAGGAAGAGGCAGGCCAGUCCUCUUCCGUUGGCCAGAGCGAGGGGGCGCCCGUGGGCUUCCAGCCCACAGGGGGUGAGAUCUAA